CGGAAUCGUCUUACAAUAUCAUUCUAGGACGGACAAGUUUAAAUGCGUUCCAAGCAGUCGUGUCUACCUACCACAUGACGAUCAAGUAUCCUGUGGGGGAAAAUGUAGGCGAGGUUGCAGGGGACCAACUCACGUCGAGGAGUUGCUCACAGUCAGUAACAACAAGCAGAUGGCAGAGAGGCAGUUGAAAGGUAAAGAGGUGAGGCCUGAUCGACCAGGAGGAUCACGAUCGAAAGAGGAGAGAGGAGGACAAGAUAAUGGGAAGGAGAAGAUAGAUAUACAACCCGGAGAGGAGAUCGAGGAAAUUCAAAUGGUGCAGGGAUGCGAUGACCGAAAAUUCAGGAUCGGAAAAGAUUUGGGGGAGCCGGUCAGGUCAAAGUUGAUCAAUUUAAUAAAGAAAUUUACGGACAUCUUCGCGUAUACAACGGACGAGCUGACAGGGAUCGAGGCCGGGGUGAUUGAGCACAGACUUAAUAUUGAUCUCAGUGUCAGACCGGUGAAGCAAAAAAGAAGGCAUCAUGGUGCGGAGAUGGACAAAAUCAUCGAGCAGGAGCAGGAGGUCGACAAGCUGAUGAACGCUGGACACAUUAAAAAGAUUCAGUUCCCCGAGUGGUUAUCCAAUACGGUAAUGGUGUCCAAAUCAGGAGGAAAGUGGAGGAUGUGCAUCGAUUUCCGUGAUCUAAACAAGGCUUGCCCGAAGGAUCUUUACCCGCUGCCAAGGAUUGACCAGCUGGUAAACUCCACGGCAGGAUGCGAGUUGCUCAGCCUGAUGGACGCAUCACAAGGAUAUCAUCAGAUCCCCCUGGCGAAAGAGGAUUGGAAAAGAGUGAGCUUCAUAACGAGCAAAGGCAUCUAUUGUUAUGUGGUCAUGCCGUUUGGAUUAAAGAAUGCUGGGGCCACCUAUCAGCGAUUGGUCGACCAGAUUUUCAAGGAUCAGUUGGGGAGGAAUAUGGAGGUCUACGUAGAUGACAUGCUGGUAAAAAGUAAGAUGGAGGCGAACCACGUGGGCGACUUAAGGGAGACUUUCCAAACGCUGAGGAGAUACGGCAUGAAGUUUAACCCGGCUAAGUGCUCGUUUGGCGUGAAGGCAGGGAAGUUCUUGGGAUACAUGGUAACAAAGCGAGGGAUAGAGGUGAAUCCUGAAAAAGUAAGAGCUGUGGUCGAGAUGAAGCCACCGGCCAGUGUGAAGGAAGUCCAAAUAUUAACUGGUCGAAUAGCAGGACUAAGCCGAUUCAUUUCCAAGGUGGCCGAAAAGAGCAGCCCUCUGUUCAAAACCCUGAAGAGGAGCUCGAAGUUUCAGUGGACAGAGGAAGCUCAAAAAGCCUUCGAGGAGUUACAGAGGACGCUGGCUAACUUGCCCUUAUUGGCUAAGCCAAUUCAUGGAGAGGAGCUUGUGCUCUACAUAUCGGUGGGCGAGAGUGCUGUAAGCUCAGUAUUAUUGCGAGAAGAAGGAGUGGCACAAUUCCCAAUAUAUUAUGUCAGUCGAGUAAUGCAAGGAGCAGAGUUGAGGUACUCGGAAAUUGAGAAGUGUGCACUGGCGGUAGUCGUGACAGCCCGAAAGCUGAGGCCAUACUUCCUGAGCCACAAAGUCAAGGUGCGCACGAACAUGCCGUUGGAGGAGACUUUGGGUCGACCAGCGGUGUCUGGUCGACUAGUAAAGUGGGCG